AUGUUCGGCGGGGGGACGAGUCGAACGUACGGCGUUAAGUUUCAGGCGAGAUGCAUCGCGGCGCAAGCCGGCGAGAAGCACCACACGCGGUUCCUGGUCGGCACGCUGAGCCUGCGCGAGGAGAAUGAGGUGCAUCUGAUCCAGCUGGCAGACGACGGCUCAGAAGUGACGUGUGAAGGGCUGUACCUGCAUCAGCACGAGAUCUGGGACCUUGCCACGUGCCCCUUUGACUCAGCACUGCUCUCCACGGUCUACGCCUCCGCUGGCGAAUACCAUGCCGCCAUCUGGCGGAUACCGGACAAGGCUUUUUCGUAUGGCACUGGCGCUCCCUCCUUGCAGCUGGCCGCGGAACUGAAGGGUCUCGAAGCUCCUGUGAAAAAGCAAGUACCUUUUAUCUACUAUCUUUUAGAGAUCCGUGAUUAUGCGGCGCAAGGGGUACUAUGGUACGGGGGGGACGUGGCGCUGCACAGAGUGAUCACCAUCGACGAGGAGAUCAUCUGUGCAUGGGACCUCGCCUCCAGUACUCGAGCAGCGCAAUUCGCCUCGGCGAAGCAGCGGGUGACAGGCAGCGGGCUGCAGAGGCUGCAUACAGGGGCGUGGGACCCACACAACGCAGACACCAUCGCCACCACGGCUGACACGUCCAUUGCGUGCUGGGACCUCAGAGCUGCCAUCAAAACAGCAAGCAUAGAGGGAGCGCACCACCUGCAGAUAAGAGACAUAGACUUCAACCCCAACCACCCGCACAUCCUCGCAUCAGCCGGGGACGACUCGCGCAUUCGCCUGUGGGACCUGCGCUCCACCAAGCAAGCCAUUGUGGAGCUUCCGGGGCACUCCCACUGGACUUGCAGCGUUCGCUACAACCGAUUCUACGAUGAGCUUCUGCUGAGCAGUGGCACCGACUCGGCAGUCAACCUAUGGCACGUGCCCUCUGCCUCGGCAGCAGCCGUGGCUGACCAUCUGCGUGCCGGACCUAACCCAACAGGCUCGGGAAGAGCAGCGUCAGCAGCAGGGGGGUAUCCCAGAGGGGGCGUGGACGAGCUGGCAGUCAGCUUCACAGAUUAUGAGGACAGUGUAUAUGGCGUCACAUGGAGCGCCAUCGACCCGUGGGUGUUCGCCUCCCUCUCCUAUGAUGGCCGCGUGAGUCCUGCCCACCCACCAACCACACUCCCCGUUUUCUUUCAGAAUCUACCGUAG